UUGUGAUUGGUGUGCUUUACUAGCUCUGCCAGCGGGACUUACGCUGCCUUUCCCGGCAGUCCUCACCAGAGCCUCAGAGAAUAUUCGCGCGAGGCUGUGUCGGAAUCGCAAACCAUGCGCUCGUAUGCUGUGUAGAGUCCUGGUUUGCGAGACUCCAGAUCAACUACUGCUCAGAUGGUCAAAGCGGUCACCAUGAUCCGCCCGUCACGCCCAUCACGGCCUGCCACGCUGAUUGCUGCAACUCUUUUUGUGCUGCUCAUUCUGUUCUCAGUUACAUUUCGUGAACCAUUGAGAACAAGAGCGGGAGCAUUUCUACCACGACCAAAAAACGAUGGCACUCAAGUCACUCCUUACAGCAGCAGGCUUCAUAUCCUGCUGCCGGCUUCCAAUCCCGCUGUCGAUAUGUGCAAGACCUUAUUGACUGGCUCCAUGCUUGGGUAUCCCACGCCGACACUCAUUGCCUGGAACGAGACAUUCAACCGCGAAGGCCUUCUUGGUGGUGGCAGUCACGUUGCCAAGAUCUCGCGAGUCUUGGAAUGGCUCGACAACUUGCCGCCUGAGACGGACAACGAUCUGAUUUUCAUGAUGGACGCUUAUGAUAUCUGGUUUCAACUCCCACCUGAAGUUCUAGUUGAGCGAUACCACAUGAUCAAUCGGAAAGCCAACAAGAGACUUCGAGACCGCUUGGGCAGUGCAUAUUACGCUGAGAACAUUCGACAGACGAUUGUUUUCGGUGCGGGAAAGCGAUGUGCUCCAAAUCAAAUGCACACUGUCGCCUGUUACCCUAUUCCGGACUCUCCUUUGCCAGAGGACGUCUAUGGAGCGAAUACGGACACCGUCAUGGGCAAGAGUAAGCUCUCAAGCCACAGACAGAGAUAUCUCAACUCUGGGUACAUUAUCGGACCGGCCAAGGACAUGCGACUACUGUUCAGACGGGCUUGGGAGAAAGUCGAGGCCAAUCAAGACCACGGCCCGUGGGAUAAUGGGAGCGGUGGUUCUGACUUCAUGUAUCAUGGAUCUGAUCAAUCCAUAUUCAAUACCGUGUGGGGUGAACAAGAAUUCCAGCGCGAAGUAAUUCGACGCAGGCAUCGUGGCUGGCUCGACCGCUUACUCGGCCGUAGCCAGACAAUUCCCCAUCAUCUCGAAGGCACGCUCGUCCAGGAUCCUCUCAAUCCGCCUUUCACUCAUGAACCCAUGGAGCACAAAGCGGGAAAGCCGGACGAGUUCGGAAUCGGGUUGGACUUUUUCAGUGAUCUCGGACAACAGACGGUGAACACCGAAGACGAUACGCAGUAUCUGGUGCAUGGCCAUGAUCUCAUAGGACAAAUAGAAGCACGCCAAAAACGACUUUUCAAUUGCCCCUCUCGAGUGACUGGAGAACUACCUCAGGACGUGCUAAGGACAUCACCUCCAUCAACUGUGCAGAAACCUUGGAGUCAGCUACCACUAUUCACGAACCAUUGCCUCAAUACGAUACCAGUGAUGAUUCACCACAAUGGAGAUAAGGGCGCCCGAUCGUGGCAGUGGCCCAUGACCUGGAUGCAGCCCCACGCCCGACGCCAAUUCGAGUCUAUACUGGGAGAUGAGAGCAAUGUGCUCGCUGCGGGCAGAUCAACAGGCGGUGCAAAUCUUCCGACAGGAGAGUCAUUAAGCUUCCAGGACCUGUGCACACAGGACUUCGAGUACGAGCUUUUCAGAGACGUAGAUCCUCCAGAAACCCCACCCAGAGGCUGGUAGGUUCUGAAAUGGGUGCAAUAGCGAGGCGUACAGGCAAUCAAUUGUAGAGGCAAGAAGAUAGAAUAUUGCACAGGUGCAAAAAUACAGUGAAAAUAUUGAUUUACCCAAAUGGCUGGAAGU